AUAAAAGGCCUACCAGCAGACAUGAGAAUCAAGCUUCAAAGGCUCUACUCAAAAAUGGUCUGCAAGUGUGACUGCAAAAACCAAAAUUGUUCCUGCAACACCGGAACUAAAGAUUGCGAUUGCUCCGACGCCAAGUGCUGUGAGCAAUACUGCUGCCCAACUGCCAGUGAGAAGAAAUGCUGCAAAUCUGGAUGUGCCGGAGGAUGCAAGUGUGCCAACUGCGAAUGUGCUCAGGCUGCUCAUUAAUUUGAAAUUAAUACUCUUCCCUUUGAAACAAAUUCCUACUAAUUGAUAUUGUUCGAGGUUUUUUCUUGAAAGCUGAAAUAAAUGUUAAAUAUUUAUUGUAA